AUGAGACCAGACUUGGGCGAUUGGUUUCAAGGGUCAAGCUAUCUUGACCUCCAAGCGAUUUGUAGAUACCUCAACAAGGAUGGCUGGAGUGCAGGUCCUCUCAUCAAGAAAGGUUUUCUCAUCCAUGUAGGAAAAAUAUGUGAAGACAUCAAAUUCACGGGGACAGAUGCAGACAAAGUGUUCAAGGUGUGCUCUAGUCUAAUGAAUAGUUUGGUAGUGGAAAUAAUGAACAAUGGUGACAAUGCGACAGCAAAUGACAAAUUUAUCAAUGGGUAUUUUGCCCUUUAUAGACUGCUUUUAGCAUUUAAGAAGGAUUCUCCUGAUCUUGGGUCGUUUGCAGAUGAGCAGAUUCAAAGAGCUUUGAAAGGAAGGGAUUCUUUAAAGAAGGAUAAUUUUGCGAAUUUGGGAGAAUUUUUGAUUUAUUUGAGUUUGUCUGAUAAGUAUGAAUGGAAAGAUGUAAGUGAGCCCUUUAUGAGGGAGUGUGAUGCUAGGAAUGUGUUUUGGUAUGCGAAAGGGAAUAGAAAUAACCCUCCCAAAUGUCCAGAAUUGUUGAACACUGCAACUGGUGACUUUGCACAGAGGGCAAAGAAGGUUUUUGAAGCGACUGUAGUUAGUCGAAGGUUGGUCAUGUUUCAGGUCAGAUUUAUUAGUGUAGCCAAAAAUUUGUGGGAGAGUGGCGUACUGGAAAUUGAGUCUGGGGAUGGUGCCGACUUUGGUCGCUUCGGUCUGGUCCCGGAUUGUGCAAAGGUUAGAUUAAAGGGACUUUACCAGGAUGUCGUUCAAGUAAAUGGGUGGACUGAAUUUUUCGAAUUUGUUGGUAUGGUCAGAAGGAGUGACGUUGAUAGGGGAAGUGAGCUGGUAGAAGCGGUCAAGGUCAGUAAAAGGUUGGGAUAUACCUAA